GACCUACCGCCACCGAAACACUCUCCCUCCGUCAACAUGAACGGCAACAACUCUUCAUCUUCCACGGGACAUGCACCUUCCGGCCUGAAUGGCACUUUCAACGCGUCAACUCAACAGCCGCAGGUCCAGCUUCAAGGAGGCCAACCGCCUUUCUCAUUGCAGCAGCAGCCUCAACUCGUAUUCAAUCCACACCAGCCUCAGCCCCAGCCCCAGCCUCAGCCCUCCCAUCCACCAACGUACCCUUCGAAUGCGCCUGCCCUGCAAAACCAGAAUGUCCCUGGGCCGUCUCUUUAUGCACUGAACGAAAUCGCCAAAGAGACUGCGGGGCUCGCCGGGAAAGGACCUCCAGGUCUGCCUCCGAUGUGGAACGCCGGAUAUGCUCCUCCCCCGCCCAUCCCCUACAAUCCUCAAGGUCCCAUGUAUCAGUGGCCAGGGUACGGCUACCACGCACCCGCACCAAAUUAUUAUGGUGGCUACCCCGGACCUCAAGCUCAUGGUGCAGCGCCUGCUGCAGCACCUUAUCACGGUGCCCCAAUGCAAGCCCCCCCUGCUCCUGCAGCGCAGGUCCCGCCUCACCAGCAGGUGAAGGUGAUGUCAGAUGCUGCGCCAAUGCCACAAGUACCAUCUGUAGGCCCAGUGGGGGGAAGUUCUACGGGUUUGAAGAGGAAGGCGGUUGAUGAGGAUGACAUGACCGAAGGCACGAGAGAAAAACGUCAACGUCCUCAGGGCAAUCCAGAUUUUGAACUCGUGCCGCCGGGUACAGAUGGGAAAGAGAGGUGGAAAUGUCUUAAAAACGCAUGCAGAAGCUGUCGUCCGAUGCUGGAGGCCAGCGUUCAUAAACAUGUAACGGAGACGGUCUCGCAUACUGGAUCAAAUUUUAAGUAUGUGUGCGAAGCAUGUGGCACCGGUUUCAACCGCCAGGAUGCGUUGAAAAGGCAUCAACGCUCUCAACAGUGCACCAGAAAUAGGGAGAAGACUCUGGCUCAAGCAAACUCUCAAGCGCUUGGGAACAACACUUUCGCAUCUUCCUCAGGCCCUGCAUCGAGCUCGGCGACCCAACAAUCCUUGCCCCCGUCUGUGGCCCCACCGCAUGUUAUUCAGGCCGUUGGGAAUAGCAUAUCUCGCGCUGCGUCCUCCGUCGCAAUGUCUCAGCAACAAUUCGCCAUCAAAGUCCAAGGACCUGCAUCGGGCUCCGCGAACCAACAAUCCCUGCCCUCGCAUGUUGCCCCACCACAUGCUAUUCAAGCCGCUGCGAAUAGCACGUUUGGCGCUACGGCCCCCUUCGCGAUGUCUCAUCAGCAAUUCACCUUGAAAGCACGAGGACCUGCAUCGAGCUCGCAUGUCCCAACCUGGCCUGCGUUCUCGCAGGGAGUUCCAUCUCUCCCCAAGAUGCAAUCCAACAUUCCGAAACCCUCAUUUAAACCGACCACUGUGCAGCAGCCGGCUGUCGCACCCCCGUUGCAGGCCUUCCAGGGUACCCCGAACCAGACUUCUACUCCCCUCCCAUCUGCACCUAAACCACAACCCGCGCAGCCGUCAUCUGGCCAUGCUAUACCAAUCGUCGCGAGUGAUUUCUCAUUGUCAAUUUUCAAGCAGACCGCUGCUCCCCCCCAACCUCCUUUGCCGCCAUCGUCUCUUCCCCCGUCUGAGGAUGUAAACGAUGAUGAUGAUGAUGAUGAUGAUGAUGAUUCAUCCGGUUUAUUCUCAGAACCAUCCUCUCCCACACCGUCCAAUGAUGCAUUUGACCCUUCCACGUACCUGUUCUCCGCACCACCGUCUCCUUCUCUUGGCUGAGAAAGUGAUGGAUGCUCCUGGCCCUUAAUGUAAAUGCAAUCGGGCCUCCCUUGACCCCAUUCGAUGUUUCUGUUUUCAAUAUUCCUUUUUCUGAUUAUCUAUUGGAUGUCGAGCGAUCGCUCUUGGACUGCCUUGUGUUUUUGUUCAGUCUCAUUAUCGUAGACUUCACAUAUCUUCACAUGACAUCUUACUUGUUUAUAUCCCUUUUCUCAUUGCAGCAGCCUGCAUCAUUUAUUCCUCAUUUAUUUUGGAAUAGACACGAGUACCUAUACCAAUUGGAAGUAUACCCUA